AUGAGUGCUUCCUUUCUUAAUUGGAUUCCCGCAGGGCGUGAAUGUUUUCUUUCCUCUCCUUUGAAACUCUCUCACCUGAACCAUCUUUACUUUCUAAUUGCUAUAUAUUUAUUUUCUUCGUUUUUUUUCCUUUUUUCUUCAUUUCUUCUUUUCUUUCCCCUUUUUUUUCUCCUUUUUUCUUUUUUUCUCCUUUUUUCUUUUUUUCUCCUUUUUUCUUUUUUUUUCUCCUUUUUUCUUUUUUUCUUCCUUUUUCUUUUUUUCUCUCUCUCCUUUUUUUUCUCUCUUUUCUUAUACUUGCGUUUUAUGUUUGAUGAUUCUUCCCUUUCUGUAUUGCUGGCUUUCUGUUUUCUUCAAUCUAUUCCUUCUUUUAUCUUAGAAAUUAAAUUUCAGCUUCUCACUUCAUACAAUUCUCCCUUCUUUUACCCCCAGAUGCACAAGAUUCUUAUUUUAGCACAACCGACUUUAAGGUCGGUUUUUCGAAAUCCGAUCUCUCACUCUCUCUCCACACACCUCCCCUUUCACACAUCUCCCCUUUCACACACCCUCUCCUUUCACUCUCUCCUCCCCUCUCCUCUCUCUCCUCCUCUCUCUCUCUCCUCCUCUCUCUCUCUCCUCCUCCUCUCUCUCUCUCCUCUCUCUCUCUCUCUCUCUCUCCUCUCUCUCUCUCUCCUCCUCUCUCUCUCUCCUCCUCUCUCUCUCUCUCCUCCUCUCUCUCCUCCUCUCUCUCUCUCUCUCUCUCCUCUCUCUCUCUCUCUCUCUCUCUCUCUCUCUCUCCUCCCUCUCUCUCUCUCUCUCUCUCUCCUCCCUCUCUCUCUCUCUCUCUCUCUCCUCUCCUCUCUCUCUCUCCUCCUCUCUCUCUCUCUCUCCACUCUCUCUCCUCUCCUCCACUCUCUCUCUCUCUCUCUCUCUCUCUCUCUCUCUCGGCAAGAAGCCAUUUUUUUUAUUAAUUUUAACCUCUCUCCUCUCCCUCUCUCUCUCUCUCUCCCCUCUCUCUCCCUCUCUCUCCCCUCUCCCUCUCUCUCUCCCUCUCUCUCUCCCCUCCCUCUCUCCCUCUCUCUCUCCCCUCUCCCCCUCUCUCUCUCCCCUCUCCCCCUCUCUCUCCCCUCUCUUCCCUCUCUCUCUCCCCUCUUUCCCCUCUCUCUCUCCCCUCUCUCCCCUCUCUCUCUCCCUCUCUUCCCUCUCUCCCCUCUCUCCCCCCCUCUCCCCUCUCUCUCCCCCUCUCUCCCUCCCCUCUCUCUCCCCCCUCUCUCCCCCCCUCUCCCCCUCUCCCCUCUCCCCCUCUCUCUCCCCCUCUCUCUCCCCCCUCUCUCCCCUCUCUCCCCUCUCUCUCUCCCCUCUCUCUCUCCCUCUCUCUCUCCCCUCUCUCUCUCCCCCUCUCCCCCUCUCUCUCUCUCCCUCCCUCUCUCUCUCUCCCUCUCUCUCUCUCUCCCCUCUCUCUCUCCCCUCUCUUUUUACUGUGCUGAACUGGACGCUAUCAAGGCUUUGUUCAAUGAAAAGGAGAAGGAAUUAUCUAUUGCGGUGGCUAAAGUUGACCACUUGACUCAGCAGCUUGAUCAGCUGCGGCUGGGCAAAUGGAAUACAAAUGGUAAGGUCAACACGGACCAUCCCAAUACACUGGCUGCAAUUGAGCUGGAAAAACUAAAAAAGAAGCUGGCUCUUCGAAACACGCUAAACGAACAACAGAACUUAAAAAUGACGCAGCAACGCGACACAUUGCUGAAGAGGAGGAAAGAGGUAAACUUGAUGGAUAAGCGCAUAAGCGAGUUGCAACAACGCCUCAAGAAGCGUCUGGCACAACAAAUCCAGAACAACAAGCAGAACGAGCAAAACAGGGCCAACAAAUUGAACCACGUUCGCCAGGGAAGCAACAUUGCCGCCAUUGAACCCUACCACCAUGCUCCCCGUCAAAACGCAUCCAUAGAUGAAACCCACUCCGACCAGAAUUUCAACAAGGACAACCCCAAAUAUCAGUCAUUGCCGGGAAAUACAAAGAUCCCAACCAAUGGUAGCAACGUCCCAGAAAAUGAAAAAAUAUCGAACUCUUUAGUGUCGAAUAAAUCCGUAAAUGAUACAGACUAUAAAACCCCCCUUGUUGUCUCUGUUGACAAAUAUCCUGGUUUUAAUUCGCCAACAGAUCCUUCUCAAGGAACUUUCAAAUCUAAAGAGGCUAACCAGAUGUCUCCUUCUUCAAAUGGUGAAUCUGUCUUUAAGUUUCCGUCCAACGUGCAGAAUCGACCUGCUACAGGGAUUACCAAUUUUGUGCCAAAGCCUUUUGGCAGUACCUACAGCACAUCUAUGCUCUCUGGACGGGGAUCUAAUACAUAUCCGACACCUGCAACGCCUGAAGAAGUGCGGCAAGAUGGUAGCGGACAGAGUUCACCUGCCACUAGUGAAAAUUCUAAUAGUGUUUUGAUGCCUCAGCAGCAACAACACCCGGCCAGCCCGUCUAUGUAUCCGGGAAAAACAACCGCUCCUCAACUUUCAAACGGUAAUGGUAAUAACAACUUUGUAUCUACCUCAAACGUUAAUAUCAAGAUACAAAGCGGACCUACAGUUGCAGUGAAAAAUCUCAAUUCGCAACAGACUGAUAUUGCCGGUCAGAAGUCCGGUCAAAACUGGGCCAAGACUGGUAGUGUGGGACCUUUUGUUAAUACGUAUAAAGCCCAGGCUCAGGUGUCUCCUGUUGAUACAGUCGAUCACCGGUCAGCUGUACCAUUGUCUCAAAAAGAGAACCCUGAAAAUGGCACGGACCAGUUGACCUACAGUUCUAAGAAUCAUGUUCACAUUUCAAAUCUCGGUGAAGACUAUACAGCUCCGAGCAGGGAAUCGCUGUCACAUCCAACAAACACAUCAUCGUCAAAAGUACGUUUCGCUUCGGGAAAUACAGUUGAGAAUAUCUAUAUGAAUAAACUGGGUAAUGACACGCGGGAAGCGUAUCAACGGCAAAUAGCCGCCAUGUAUAGUUCGGGGGAGCCAUUCAGCAGGGAUUCGCACCCGGCUGCCAGUGCCGAGAUUAAACAGCCAUCAAAAGAACAACAGGGAAAUAUUCCCGAGAGGCCUGCUGCGCAUGAAGCUGAGCGACCUCAUGCGGUGAGCAGCUUCCAUUCAAAAACAAAGCAUAUAGCAACACCCAUGGGAGUGAAUCCACAACAGCGGGACCUUGCUUCCGAUAAGGGGAGCUUUAAGGCACACACUCCAAAAAAUAUCAGACGAAGGCACUCAGACAUCGAAGAGGACGUGUCAAGGUUUAUAAGACGGUCGGGGGAUCAACCUCGGUCGGUGUCCACUAGUUCAAUUUCGUAUGUUUCGCAACACCCGACUGAUACUAGUGGUUACAGCUCGUCUAACGGAAGCCGGCAAUGGCGGAACAAAGCAAAUCAGUAUCAGGAGAAUUCUGAAUACAGUCCUAACGGGGUAUCUUCUUCAUAUUCUUCUCACAAAGAAGGAAGGUACUCUAAUCAGGAAUUUGUAGGUGAGGUGCCCAAGAAGUCACUAACAUCGAAAUUACCCGGAAAGUCAUUAUUAAAAAUAACAGGCUCCAAGAAACAUUCGCGAAGAGUCACUUUUGAUCCACUGGCAUUGCUACUCGAUGCUUCCCUUGAGGGUGAACUCGGCUUAGUAAUGAAAACGGCUCAGGAGGUGGCCAAUGUGAGUGCAUCCAACGACGAAGGCAUCACUGCACUUCAUAAUGCCAUAUGUGCUGGACACUAUGACAUUGUUAAAUUCCUAAUUGAAUUUGGUUGUGAUGUAAAUGCACCAGACAGUGAUGGUUGGACGCCCUUGCAUUGUGCUGCAUCAUGUAAUAAUCUUCCCAUGGUGCAGUUAUUGGUCAACCAUGGAGCUUGCAUCUUUGCAACAACAGUAAGUGAUCAAGAGACGGCUGCAGAGAAAUGUGAAGAAGAUGAAGACGGAUAUGAUGGAUGCUCUGAAUAUUUAUACAGUGUUCAAGAAAAGCUUGGUAUAGCACACAAUGGAAUUGUGUAUGCCACUUUUGAUUAUGAGGCCGAAAAUUCUGAUGAAUUGAAUUUUAAAAUGGGAAACCAGUUAAGUGUUUUAAGAAAAGGAGAUGAACAAGAAAAGGAAUGGUGGUGGGCUCGACUUCAUGACCAAGAAGGAUAUGUGGCCCGAAAUUUGCUUGGGCUCCAGCCAAGAGUUUCCCCUGAACACAGUCGCUGGCUAAACAGUUAA